AGUGAUAAGAGAAAGGGGGCUAAAUUUAGACAAAUUAGUAAUUAUUUUAACAGAAAGUGAAUGAAUUACGAGGGGUGAGUGUUAUGGGCGUUCUAGGUAUAUUUUUAACUUGUACCAUCUGCGCCGCCGAUUCAUUUCCGCCAGCAGGUCUCCGAUAAUGUUGUUAAAAGUGGUUUUUUAUUGAUUCCAUUAAUAUGUUUUCUAUCAAAUGUAGUCGUUUAUUAAUCGUCCUCAGCAUUGUUCGAAUUUGUUCAUCAGAAACAGGUAAGUAGUAUGUUUAGUACAUUAUAGUAUCAAGUAAUAGUUUUGUGUUUUAUUUCUUAGCGUCAUUUUAUGGAUCUAGUUAUGUUAACGUUCCUUAUCAAGAUGCCAAAAGCACUACAGAAAUCAGUUUUGCAUUCCGUACAAAACAUUUGGACGCAUUCUUAUUUUUGGCUGCCGGCAAAACAGAUUACUGUUUUGUCUUGUUGGAAGCUGGUAAGCUAAAGGUAAAGAUCAAUCUUGGAGCUGGGGAAUCAGAAAUAUCAUCUCCAAGAGGACUUAGGCUUGAUGAUCUCCACUGGCACCUUGUUAACAUAUCACGUAAAGAGGGCGAUUUGAAUUUGGCAGUUGAUAAAAUACAUAUUGUCAGGUGAAUAUUGUAAAAAAUACUAUUGAUUUUCAUAUUAUUUAUUUUACAUUAACCAUAAGUAUCAAUUUAUUUAAAACAUUUUUAACUUCAUUUGUUUAGAGAAAAAUUGCCAAUUGGGUUUUAUGAGUUGAACAUGUAUGGUGGUCUAUAUAUUGGUGGUCAAGGAGAUUUUUCAGAAUUAUUUUUAGGCCAUACAAAUGGCCUACGUGGAUGUUUACGAGAUAUUCGCUACAACGCAGUCACAGAUGUUUUAAGUAGAGCACGAUGGAGAACAGGUAGAGCUGAUGCGCAUUCAAUAUCAUGGGGUUGUGUAAAUGAAUUUGAUGCGCCAAGAGAAUCAAGUAUAUCAUUUCUUGAAAAUGGUGCUUAUAUGGCUAUACCUAGUGUACUGACAUCAAGAACUAAUGUCAAGUAAUAAUAUCACUUAUUAUAUUUGAUUGAAAAUGUAUUUAUUAAUAUAAUUAUUUAUUAUAAAUACUAUUAUUUCCUUAAGGUGGCAGUUUUCCAUUAAAACUAUAUCUGAAACAGGAUUAAUACUCUAUAAUUCUAAAAAAAGCUCCACGCUAAGUAGAUACAAUGGAAAUGUGGAUUUUGUUGGUGUUGAAUUAGUUGGUGGUAAAAUCCGUGUUGCUCAAAAUUGGGGUUCAGGUGUUACUGAACUAUAUUCCGAUGUCACUAUUAAUGAUGGUGUCUGGCAUUCCAUUAAUGUAGCUAUGGAAGCUGGUGGACUUGAUGUUACUAUUGAUUCACCCAAACAUAAAUAUCAUUUAUCCUUCAAUAACUCAGCUCAGCCAUCAAAACAUUUAGAUCUUUCAACUGUAGUAAGUGAAAUAAUAUUAUAAAUGAUAAUAUUAAUACAUUUAUUUACAAAUUAUAUCUAUUAUAUACCUAGUUGUAUGUUGGUGGUCUUGAAGUAAAUAUGCGAAGUGGUGCAUUAGCAUCUGGUAUGCUAUCAGCAGGAAACAGUUUCAAAGGAUGCAUUCGGGGCAUAUCAAAUGAUGGACGGGCACUAGGUUUACCGGAUGCAUUAGAUACUUCCAAACUUAUAUCUCGGUGUGUAUGGUCGUACCCAUGUACAGAAAAACCUUGCGUUCAUUCACCUGAUAUUGGGUGCUCACAAAUCGGAAUAAAUUCUUUCAAAUGUACUGGAUGCGAGAAUCACAAUGACCCACAAUGUGUUCGUCCAGAAUUUGUUCAAACACACAAUGUAUAAUCUUAAUUAUUUUAUUUCCACAAAAAAAAAAUAUUAUAAAAAUUAAUUUUUUUCAGACAAUGUUAAAGGUGCCAUUACCAAUUUCUAUUGAAGUACUAACUGUAAAUAAUUUAAUAGUAGCUGAAGGAUCUACAGCAACUAUAACUACAUCAAUUAUUAAUUUGAUAUUGGAUUAUAAUCAUUAUGGGAUACGAGAAGCAGCUGUACAAUUUCAUAUUGUUCAACCUUUUGCAAAACAUGGCAAAUUGAAUAUAGAGUCUUCAAAAUUAUCAAUUGGAAAUUCAAUUUCUACAUUUAACAUGCUCAAUAUUUUAAAAAAUGAGGUAAGUGUUUUUAAUAAUAAUUUAUUUUAAAAAUUAAUUAAAUUCUUUUUAUGAUAUUAAGCACAGUAUAUAAUAUAUUUUAUGAUAAAAUAUUUUUUUCAUUAAUUUUUUUUUAAAAUUUUAUAAAUUAUAUUUAAUUAUUUAUUUAUGUGUUUAUUAUAUUUUAACAAAUAAUAAACAUUAAAUUUUCAAUAUGAAAUUAUUAUCUUAGGUUUUCUAUGUUCAUGAUGGAUCUGAAAGUACUCAAGAUUUAAUAACACUUGAUCUUGAAUUUGUCUCUAAUGAAGGAUUAUUAUUACCUGAUUAUUUACAAGGACGACAAAGAUUUGAAUUGCUUGUAAAUAUUACACCAGAAAAUGAUAAUCCUACUGUUCGUAUACCUUCUGAUUACAGUUUACUUUUAGCACAGGUACAAUUCUUACAUUUGUUUAUCAACAAACAUAGUUAAUGCUUGUUUGUAUUGUUUAUCUAAUGCUUUUGAGUUUUUUUUAGUUUAUACUUUGUGAGUUAGCAUGCAGUAGCUACUGAUUUUUUUCGUUAUGAGUUUUUUUUUAUUUAAAUAUGUAAGUAAUUUAAAUCCAUCAUAAAUGUUAAGUUAGUUAAGGUUUUUAAUAUUUUUAGGGCUCGUGGAAAAUGUUGGACAAAGAUAAAAUAGUGAUUAUUGACCGAGAUUCAAGCCCAGAAAGACUUAUUGUUUCUAUAAUAAACAUUACUGGAGGCUAUUUAGAAACAACUGACAAUCCAAAUAUACCAUUGGAAACAUUUUCAGUUGCUCAAAUGGAUCAUGGUUUUAUUGGUUACCGACACACUUCAAAUGACACUGGACAUUUCAGUUUUACUGUACAAGUAAGUUUAAUUAAAUGUGAUUAAAAAAUUAAUACAUUUUUAUACUGACUUGCUUCUUUGUAGGUCUCUGAUGGUGAAAAAGAAAGUGCUAUUACAACAAUUCCUAUUGAUGUUUAUAGUUUAUCAUUGACCCAUGUUCAAAAUACUGGUGCAAUUUUGGCUUACAAAUCAUCUGUUGUUAUUACUCCUUCAAAUUUAACAUUUAUUACAAAUGCUGAUGAUUCAUCACUAGAGUUAACAUUUAAAGUAUGAAUUUAUUUUAUUUUUACUAUUAUUGUACCACCUAUGUAAACUCAUAAUGCAAAUAUGUAAUUUCUUUUGUUUUUCAUUUUUAUAAGAAUGUAUGUGUCUUUUUAUAGAUUGUAAAAUACCCAAAAUUUGGUGUAAUUAAAUUAACCGAUGGCGAACAAGCUCAAGAUAAAAUUAGUUUUUUUAAUAAUCAUCAAUUAGAAAAAAAACUUGUCAGUUAUGUACACAACAGUGAAGGUUCUCCAACAAAAGAUUUCUUUAAAGUAAAUAGCAUAUUAAAUAAUAAAUACUUAUACAUGUUUAAACUAUUUAAUAUGUUUUGUUUAGUUUGAACUAUGGGCUGGAAAAAUAAAAUUAGGAGAUACUUUCAAGUUUGAAUUUAAUUUUGUUGAAGUACAUUUGAUUGUGGAUGUGUUUGGUCCUCUAAAAUGGCAAGCAUCUAGUGAGGCUGUUAUAAAAAGUGAUUCUAUUAAAGUUCAAACCCAUCCAAUACUUUUACAUCCAAGCUCCAUAAUUUUUGAAUUAACUAAAACUUCACACAUGGCUUCAAUAUAUUUAAGGUAUAGUUUUAUUUAUUUGUAUAAACUAAUUUUUUUAAAUAUAAAUAUGUUUUUAGGAAUAAACCUUUAGUUGAUGGUGAAACAUGGACUCAAAAUGAUAUAGAUUCUGGAUUUUUAAUACUAAAACUUCAUCAUGAUACAUAUUCUCCAGCAACAGACAUAUUAGAUAUAAAAAUAAGUGCACCUCGUUGUCAACCUAUAGCAUCUCAAUUAUUGAACUUUGAAUAUUCCCCAAGCUCUUUACUGGCUCAAGCCGUUUCUGCUUUUAUCCAUCCUCUAGAAGUGAUUAUUUAUUUUUAGUAUAUUUUAUUUACUUUCAAAUUUUUAACAAUCAAAUUAAUUACAGGUAACAGAAGGCAGUUCUUCUCCCUUGACCGAUAAACACAUUUCAAUUAAAUGUGUCGGUGUGAAUCAAUUACGUUUUGAAAUUUUAUCUGGUCCAGAUCAUGGAUAUUUACAUUUAUUAAUAAAUAAUAAUACAGUUAAAAAUGUAACUGUAUUUACUGAAGAUGACUUAUAUGACAGUACAUUAUCAUACUCGCAUGAUGGAUCUGAAAAUAAUUAUGACAAUUUUAAAUUUUUGGCCACAUCGAAAAAUGCUAAUUUCCAAGUUAGUUAUUUUUAAUUUGGACUAUAUUUAAUAAUAAUUAAUUAAUGUGUAUUUUUAGUUUGUUGGUCUAGUUAAUAUAUCAAUACAACUAAUCAAUGAUAAUCCACCAAGUUGUGUGACUGAUGAAAAUUUACGUGUAGUCACAGGAGGUGAUAGAACUAUAACUAAUCGCAAUUUACAAUGUCAAGACAAAGAUAUUGAUACACCGGUAGAAUCACUGAUUUUUACCAUAAAUACUAUAUCAAAUGGAAUGAUCUUGAAUACUGUAAAUGAUCCAUUUAGAACUAUCAUGAAAUUCACUCAGGUAUAUAUUACCUAUCAUUAUUAUUAUUGAUUCAUUAAUAUUUACUUUUAGAUUGUAUUGUAAAUCAUAUUACAUUUAAUUAUUUUAGGAAGAAGUGAACAAUGGGAAAUUGAUUUAUCGUGAUGAGUUCUCAUCUGAUACUAAACAAACUCGAAUAGGUGUUGUGGAACUUGGUGUAUUUGACGGAAAGCAUUCUAUUGAUCUUAAACUUCAAGUUGAGUCUUCACCAGCAUUUAUAAAAAUAUUAAAUAAUUCUCAAUUGAUGUUGAGACAAGGAGGAGCAGCUACUAUUACAACUAAUCAUAUUUAUGCUGAUACAAAUUUAAAUAUACACUCUGAUAAAAUUAUGUAAGUACUCAUUUUUUAUUAUAGGAUGUUAUACUCGCAUGUACGUUCUCUAUCUUUCAUAUUCACAACACAACAGAUUUGCAUUAAGCAGGACCAAUUUUGUGCUGUUUAUUUUAUUAUUAGAGUGAAUAAUUAGAAGGUAAGAACAGUAUUUGUGCUUUUACAUCGGUUUUAAAUAUUUUAAUUUCAAGGUAGUUAAUCGUAACCAUUUUUAAAUUUUAACAUUAUACAUACUUAUAUAUCCCUUAAAAAUUGAAAUAUUUAAAAAAUUACGUUGUAAAUACAGAUAAUGUUUUUUAGUUUCAUAAUAGAUAAAUUCACUCUAAUAUAAAAUUUAAAGCACAAAAUCAAUUCUACUAAAUACAAAUUUCUUAUAUUUUAAGAUUGAAACAUAUGCUAGUAUAGCAUCCUUUUAAGAUUCAUUACAGUUGACAAAACUAUCAAAUAAUAAUAUUUUAUUUCAGCUAUCAAGUAGUAGAAGGUCCUGGCCAAGGCGAAAUAGAGCUUGGCACAAAUCUUGAACCUCUAAAAACUACCUUAUUUAGUCAAGCUGAACUUGAAGCUAACCAUGUACGUUACAGACAUAAUGGUGAUGUGGAAAGUGUUCGAGAUAGAGUAUUAUUUCGUGUAUCAGCUGGUAGUACUGUAUUUAGAGAAUUAGAAUUUGAUAUAAGACUUUUACCACAAUAUUAUUGGGAACCCCUCGAAGUGACUAAAAACUCUCCAGUAAUAGUUGAUGAAUCUACUACUAUUGCAAUUACAAAACAGUACCUUGAAGUAAAAAUAAUAAUUAUAUUUAAAAUAACGAAAUACAUUUGAGGAUUUUUUUCACUCUUUUAAUUUAAAUAUAUAUUUAUUUUUAGAUAAAACAAGAUAUGGUUCCAUCUUCGGAUAUUAUGUAUUUGGUAAAAGAACCACCACAUUAUGGAUAUUUAGAAAGAGAAUCAAAUGAUGAAGAACCUGGAAGUUCGGAAAACAAUCAUUUGAUUACAUUUAAUCAAAGUCUUAUAAAUAGUGGCCAUCUUUAUUAUGUACAAUCAACCAUGAAUCAAAGUACUGAUCGAUUAGUUGUAGAUAUUACUAAUGGAGUUGUUUCAUUGUAUGGUCUUGUUGUAAGUUAUAAUUAUUUUAAACUUCAAAAUGUAUGUAUUAUUGAAAUAUAAUUUUUUGUUUUAUAUUAGAUAAGUUUUGUAAUUGUGCCAAAAAAUGUAUAUUUAACCAGUUCUCAGUUAAAUGUAAUCGAAGGAGGAAAUGUAACAUUGAGUGCUAAUACAUUUCCAGUUAUGAGUUCAUAUUAUACCGAUAGGAUAUCUCGAUAUUCAUUGGUUAGUGCUCCAAACCAUGGACGUAUUGUUCGUACUACAGCCGAUACUUUUGACCCAACUAUAGAUUUUUGGAGUCCGAAACAAUUAGCAAGAUCACAAAUAAUGGUUGGUUAAAAUUACACACAAAACAUACAUGUAUUGAAUAUUUUAAAUGAUUGUUUUAAUUUUGUUUGUGUGUAAAUAUUUUAUUAUAGUACGUCCAUGAUGGGUCUGAGAGUACUGACGAUAGUUUUUCAGUUAAAGUAGCCGUUUCUGACGAAAAAGAAAGUGCUCCAGUGGAUGUUGAAGUUAAAGUGAAUCCAGUAAACAAUCAAAAACCAUCAAUUUCCAGAAAUACUGGUAUAAAAGUUUGGAAAGGUGGAAUUGGACUUAUAACGUCUGAUAACUUAAGUGAGUUGAUAAUAUUACCAAAUAUUAGGAAUAACUGUAUCUUUUGUUAACAAAAAAUAAUAUUGCAGCUGUUGAAGAUAAAGACACAGAUGUUUCCAAUUUGACUUUUGUGAUUUCGUCAUCUAAAUGUGGCCAAGUGGUUUUAGAAUCGCAACACGCCGAGAGGUUUACUCAAGCUCAAAUAGAUCAAAAUAUUGUUUUUUUUAAACACUCUGGAGAGAAUUGUGAUGGUGAAUUGGAACUGAUGGCUACUGAUGGUCUUCAUUCAACCGGGCUUAUAUAUUUUAAAAUAACUGCAGAACAGGCUUCGGUUAAACUUUUGGUUAAUAAUCCAUUGCGAGUAUUUCCAAUGCUUGGGCGUCAAUUAACCAUUGAUCAUUUAUUGGCUCAAUGUGAUGAUCCAAAUUAUCAAGUUACUUACAUAAUAAAAAAUGCACCAAUGUAUGGUGUUGUAACUAAAAGUGCUUUGUACGAAUCAAAUCAAAUGGCUGUAACUAAUUUCACACAAAAAAACAUCAAUGAAUCAGCUGUAUGGUAUCAUCAUUUAUCAAAAGAUUUCUCCAGUAAUACUUCAACUGAUAUUUUUACAUUUGAUGUAAUUUGCGAAUUUGCAAAUCCAAUUGUUAACCAAGUAAGUCAAAUAAUUGAAAAUAAAUUAUCGCAAUUUAAUAAUCACAAAAUACAUAUAAUUUGUGGUUUAUAAUAUUUUUUACAGACUUUUAAUCUAGAAAUUACUGUAUCAUCUGGAGGCCUCGAAGAACUUUUAAUUGGUGAUAAAACCAAAGAACUUGUGGUUAAAGAAGGAGAAUCUACAGUUAUCGACUUAAAUACAACUGCAAUUUUGACAUUUCUAAUUAACAGUAUUGGUAUAAGGGCACCAGUUAUCAAAAUUGAACUGAUAAAUGAACCUAAGAAUGGUAAAGUAUGCCUAGAUGAUGAUUGUGAUCGGCGAAUAUUUGCUCAAGGUCACAUGCGACGUAAUCAAGUUAGAUAUGUACACGAUCAUUCAGACACCCUUUCUGAUAGUUUAGAAUUUUCUGUCUAUUUGGAUACUGAUCCUACUAUUGUUCCUUUGUGCAAUGUUACUAUUCCAAUCAGCAUUAUACCCGUAAACGAUCAACCAUUCUUUUUAACACAAGCAUUUCCAAGUUUAAGACUCGUUCAAGGACAAUCUGUAACAUUAACUAGAUCAGAACUGUUAACAGAAGACCCUGAUACACCUCCUGAACAAAUUGUUUAUGAUAUUAUAACAGUACCUGUCUAUGGCAAUCUUUACUUGGCUGGAAUUAAAAAUUCUAUUCGAUUUACUCAAGCCGACAUUGAUGCUGGUGAAGUAGUUUACAAACAUGAUGGACAACUGAAACCUACAUCAUUUUAUUUCCGUGUAUGGGACGGUCAGUUUAAUCCUGUUUAUAAGGUUUUGGAAAUAUACGUCAUACCUGUAACAUUGAAUGUAACUGUAUCAUUCCCUUUGCCAUUACUUCAAGGAACCUACGAAACUGUAGUAAACGAAAAAUUAUUUCAAGUUGAGACAAAUGGUGAUAAAGACUCUGUUGCUUACAAUAUUACAACAAAUCCUAGGCAUGGUGUUGUUUACAUAAAUGGAACAAAAUCAAAAUUAUUCUCGCACAAAGAUUUAAAAGACGGUAGAGUUAUUUAUAGACAAACUGAUUUGACUGCUGCAGCUGAUGCUUUAAGACUAUCUGCCGAAAUGCAUUGUGAAGAAUCGCCUAUAAUUAAGGAUUUGUGGUUAAAUAUCAGUGUUGAACCACUGGUGAAAACAGGGGCAUUUUAUCCUUUAACAGGAUUAAAGUCACAACUUGGAGUCCAAGUUUUGAAUGCUGAAAUGUUAGCAAAAACUACGAAUUCUGAUCCCAAAUACAAAAUUUUAAGAAAACCAAAGUACGGGAAACUAAAAAAAAUUGUUAGAAGGUCAGGAGACAAACAAGUGAUGCGUGAAGUAGAUGUUACAAAAUUCACACACGGUGAAAUAGCGAGUGGAAUAGUUUAUUUUGUUGCUAAAAAGGUACCAGAACCUAUAGAAGACAGUUUUCCAUUUUUAUUAACAGCUAAUGGUGUGCAACCUGCAAUUGGAGAGUUACGAUUUCACGUAUCUGUUGCAGAGCCUCCUUCCACUACAACUCCUCAUUUACCCACUUUUACCACAUUUAAGUAUUCACCUACAUCUGUUAAUAAAAAAUCAGAUAUUGUAGAAAUUGCUAGACCAAAUAUGAGUGAUGACUAUUUGCUAUGUGUUGGAUUUAUUAUGGCUGUAGUAGUAGCAUCUCUUGUCAUCGUAGUACUCGUUCGGUGUCGAUCAAAAAAACGUGCAGAAGAAUUGGACAAAAUGAAUCCUAUGCCAUUACCUUGCCCACCCGAUGAUUUAAUGACAACUUCACCUGGAAUGGAAAAGAAUGAAAAUCAUGGAUGUAAAGUAAUUGCUUUAGGUCCCCCUGAACACACGGAACCAGAGACUGAUUUUAAUAUGAGGUAUCCGUAUGGUGCUGCUGAUGAAGAAUAUAGUAGCAGUGCUGAUGGUACUGAACAAAAUAAUCCAAUGCUUAGGAGAAAUCAGUAUUGGGUUUGAUAUAAGUAGAUAGUGUCAAACUUUAAUUAUAUUAUAGAAGACAAAAAAAAAAAAAAUCUCUAAUACAUUUUAUUAUUAUUAAUAAUUUGUAAAAUUAGCAAUUAAAUUGUAAAUUUAAAUUUAUUUUAUAAUAAUUUAUUUUUAAUUUGGAUUCGAGUCUGGAAAAUAAUAUAUAAUCUUUAACCAAAAGCACCCCAAAUUGUAAUAAAAUUAAGCUUUAAGAACAUUUUUUACUUCAAUAACAACUAACUUAUAUAUAAUUUAACUGACAAAAAUAUAAGAACACAUAAUAUAAUUAAGCUUACACGAAUAUGUUUAAACAAAAUUAAAUUUGCAUAAGAUUAUGGCAUUAAUAACCUAUAGACUAAUUUAAUGACAGUAAUUUUAUUAUAUUUUUUAGAUAAAACUAAUUAGGUAAUUCAAAGGUUAUUUCACUAAAACUUCCUAAAAUGCAUUAUGUGAAUUACGCCUAACAAUGUACAUUUAAAUUUAACUCAUAUUUGUUUUCACAAUUAAUUUAUAAGACAAUUUGAUACCCUUGCCUAAUAGUUGACUGAUCAUAUUAUAAACUAUGUAUAGUUGUUCAAACUAAAAACUGUAUUAGUAUUAAUUUAUUUGUUAUAUUAUAUUUUUAAAAAAUAAUUGUAACAAGAUGUUAUAUUUUUUUUAUUUGUGUAAUCCUGAUUAGUUUGUGUUUAUUAAAAAAAAAAAAAUGUUUUAAAUACCUCAAAUGUAUUUGGUCAUUAAAUUUAUAUUCAAUUUACUUUUUACAAUACAUUUUUUUAAUUAGGAUAAUUUAUACGUUAUACAUACCCAUUCAUUGUUCUCUUUCACAUAAACCAUAAACAUGGGACCAGAAUAUUAAGGCGAGAGAUAAUUUUUGUUGUAUGAUGAUAGAUGUCCCACUUCAAGCAUUGGUACAAUUUUUAGGUUAAUUAGCUGUACACUUUAACUUAUACUGUAACAAUUUUUUUUUUGUAAUAUUGAUAUUAAAUCUUGAGCUUGUAUCCCAAAAUGUAAUUAUUAUAAUAAUAAUACCACUUAAAUGUUGAAAAGCUCAAUUAAUUAUGGUUUAAUUUUCUUAUUGUGUGUAUAUAUACUAUUUUUAGACUAAUAAAAAGUAAUAAACAUAAAUAUUAUAAAUUUCAAGUUGUUUUUUGAUUGUUCUUAGUGACUAAACUCUGAUGUGAAAAGUGCCCAAAAAAUCUGGUGCUCUGAGUAUGACAUGUUCGAAUUCCAUGAAAGAUAAUUUCCCAUCGCCGUCUACAUCUGCUUCUUCGAUAACUUUUUCACACACUUGAACGAUCUCUUCGGCCGAUAGUUGACUACGUGUCAACAAUUUUAAUACUUGUUCCAGAUCAGUUGGUCCGAUAUGAUGGUCGUCGUCAAAAUCUACAAUCAUAGUUUUUGUAUAAGACAUUAUAAUUAUUUUAUUUUAUUUAUUUAAUAUGGGUAUGAUCCAAAGUACAGCAGAACUUAAUAAAUAAACAUGGAGACCAUUAAGCGGAAGUGAAAAACGGAACCAGGUAAUGAGUUAAGGAUUGCAAAAGUGGAAGUAGACCGGUUCGGACGUGGAGGUACUCGAAAGUUGAUGAGGGAAAUGAGCGAUGGUGCGUCCACAGAACCCUCGAUGAGGUUACAGAGGAACUUUAAGUUAUUGACGACUCUUCUAUCGGCCAGCGUAGAUAGACCAGCACGUGGAGAACUGAAGAGUAUUCAUGCAACGGGUGGGGGAUAUUCAGCACAAUAGGAUAGAAAACGU